GCGCCGGGAGGUGGGGCGGCGCAGGCCGGCGUCCUCCGCGCUCCUCCCGCGCGCGGCCCCUGGAGUUCCCGAGGCUCGCGGUCAACCCAGCUCCGGCCCGCAGCACGCCGAGCAGUCCCGCGUCGGAGCAAGUGCGGGUCGGAGCCGGGGAGGGCAGCGGAGGACAUCCCCCUCCAGGUCCUUUCUGCAGCCCCUGAGCAGCUAGGGCGAAGGUGAGGCUGAGCGGGGCCGAAACCAUGAACCGGAGUUUUCAUAAGUCUCAGACCCUGCGCUUCUACGACUGCGGCGCGGUGGAAGUCAAGAGCAAGUUUGGGGCUGAAUUCCGAAGGUUCUCCUUGGACCGUCAUAAGCCUGGGAAGUUUGAAGAUUUCUAUCAGUUGGUCGUGCAUACCCACCACAUCUCCAACACCGAAGUGACCAUUGGCUAUGCAGAUGUGCAUGGGGACCUGCUGCCCAUCAACAAUGAUGACAACUUCUGCAAGGCAGUCUCCAGUGCAAAUCCUCUGCUCAGAGUCUUCAUCCAGAAACGAGAAGAGGCAGACCACUACAGCUUUGGGGCAGGCACCCUGUCGAGGAAAAAGAAAGUUCUGGUGACUCUGAGGGAUGAGGGUCUGCGCCGGCGUGCCCACCUUGACAUCAGCAUGCCACACGACUUCCGCCCAGUGUCCUCCAUCAUUGACGUGGACAUCCUCCCCGAGACACACCGCCGAGUAAGGCUCUACAGACAUGGCUGUGAGAAGCCACUGGGCUUCUACAUCCGAGAUGGCACAAGUUUUCGGGUGACUCCCCAUGGGCUGGAGAAGGUUCCAGGCAUCUUUAUUUCCCGCAUGGUGCCUGGGGGCCUUGCAGAGAGUACUGGGCUGCUGGCUGUGAACGAUGAAGUCCUGGAGGUAAAUGGGAUUGAGGUGGCUGGGAAGACACUCGAUCAAGUCACAGACAUGAUGAUUGCCAAUAGCCACAACCUCAUUGUCACCGUCAAGCCAGCCAACCAGAGGAACAACAUUGUCCGAAGCAGCCGCACAUCUGGCAGCUCUGGCCAGUCCACAGACAGCACUGCCAGCCACUACAGCUUGCCAGCUGCCCACGUCCUGCAGAACUUCCAUCCAGAUGAGAUGGAGAGUGACGAGGAGGCUGACAUCGUCAUUGAAGGGGCUUUGGAGCCUCACCACACUCCCCAGACACAGGGCAUACCUUCUGGCAGCCUCUCUCGGGCCAACGGCACCAGCCUUGUGCACAGGCUGCAUCGGGACCUGGCCCUGCACAGCUCUGGGCGAGAAAGCAAUGGCAGCAUUCAUAAAUUGCUCAGCUCCCUGAAGUCGGAUCCCCGAAACAGCCUGGUCCUCCCCCAGGGUGGGGUGGAGGAACACGGGCCCGCUAUCACUCUGUAGGGCCCAGGCCACUGGAGGAGGCCACAUAGCCCAAGGCCCAGACAGACCAUGUUGAUAUUUGACCUAUGGGUGGGAGAGCAUUGAGAAGAGCUGGUAAGGCUAUUAGUGAUUCCAGAAGUAAAAUUUCCAAAGAGAAAUAAAUAUUUUACAUUUUUGUAUCAAUUGUAAGAAAAAUAAUUGUAUACUUCAUUCCCUCUUUUUUAAGUCACUCCCACAACUGUAUUCUUUAACUUUUGAACAGAAAUUUAAAAUACUGUCUAUUUUUAUAGGAUUUCUCCAUAGAACUUAAACACACAUGCACACACUUUGGGCCAGGCCUGAGUGCAGGUCCCAGAAACAAAAGACUUCUGACUAAAUACGGAACAAACUUUAUUUUUAAAUUAUAAAAGUAUUUCAUUUUUUUUAAACGAAGCUUUAAAAUAACUUUUUAAAGUAGUAAAGUUCAUGUUUUUAACUUAACUGGUGCAAAAACACUCCAUGAUGCCCAUGCUUUCUGCUGACCUUCUGGCAAGGCUGCAACAAGAAGGCAGGGACUGUUCCUAAGGACAGAGGCACCUAAAUCUGUGACAGGUAUGACCAUAGGAGAAAAAUUUCAGUUUUCACAAUGUUUCACAGCCAGUUCAGGAAAACCGAGGAGUGAGGGGGGUAUCACACAAGAACAUACAUCUGUCCUGGCAACCCACAGCUAUGGAAUUGUAUUUGUGAUGUCAGAGGUGCUGGUCCAUCUUCAGCCUUCCCAGAACCAGUGUAGGAAGCAGGCUGCAUUGGAAGGUGAAGCUCAGCAAUACCCCAGCAAUGUGUGCUUCAAAGCCAGUAUUUACUCUUGAGAUAAAUCAGCCUUUUCCUCUGGGUCAUUUGGCUCUAAGGAAGUUCUUGGAGUGUUUUCAGAUGUGAGGGACGUGCAUCACAGACUGUGAAGUCUCAAGAACAGGCAGUUGGAUGUAUGCGGUUAUCUUGCUGUUAAAACAGCUAGUUCUAAGUCAUAGUUAAUACAUGCUAAUUUCCAUUUCUAGAGUAGUGGUCAGGGGCAGGAAUUUUUUUUUUUUUUUUUUGUACCAGGGUUCAAACUCAGGUCCUUGGGCUUGCAGGACAGGUGGCAGAACCACUGAGCUAAAUCCCUGCCUCAGGAAUUCUACUUUUAACUAUAACAAGUCUUGUGGAACUUAAUGGUUUUGACAAAUACUAAAUUCCUUGUCACUUCUAACUUAGGGAUUUAUAUUUGACCCAAUUAAAUUUUACAUGAAUUGUGUUUUCUGUUUGAAUACAAUAUCAUAGGGAAGAUGUUGCAUUUAUACUUUAAGAACAAACUUUGACCAAAUAAAUCAUGUAAACACAGGUAAAAAGUAGUAUUUCUGGGUUUUAAGGCUGCAAGCUCCACCUGUGGCUCCCCUUGUGGUAUAGCACCACCUGCUGGUCAGUGGCAGAACUGUCCUGAUUUCAUGAACUUCGGAUGGAAACAGUACAGCUCAACAUUUUCACUUGUCUUCAGUUCAUUAAAAGAAAAUUCUUUUCCUUUUGGAAACUAUUUAUUGGGCAGAAGUAUCUUUUGCUAAGUAACUAUGUCUCCUACGCUGGUGUAUGAGUUUCUCAUUGUGUGCAAAGGACAGGGAUCACAUGUUCCUGAACACAGGGAGUAAGUUGCAAGAUGCCUCCCCACCAGGUCUUGGUGAGGGUCAGACCCUAGACACGUGGGUGCUGAGGAAAUGCAAGAGUAUUUGCCUUUGCUACCACAGCAGUUGAAAGCAUUUUUUAUUAAGAUGAGUAUUUUAGACCCAAAAUUCUAAUGCUUGGUUACUAUCACAAAGAAUAUUAAUUUAAUAAGUUACUACUGGCUACUAUCUGUGGAAUAACUGGGUCUGCUACCAAGUAGGAAAGUUAUAUUUCCAACCGUUUUAAAAUUGUUGGAGCAAAUGUGAAUCAGUAUUUUAAAGGAAAAAAGGCUUACUCUGAACUUGUGCCUGUUUGUUGUAAUUAUAAAAAUUACAAACUGCUUACAAUAGCAGCUUAAGUGUAUUUUUCUACCCAGGUAUGUAGUUCUGUCAUUUUCUUUUCUUCUUAAAAAAAAAAAAAAAAAGACUGUCGUUAUAUAUUAAA